GGGACGGCGCACGCACCGCCAGUCACUUGUCAGCGCUCGUCUGAGGCGGAGGCAGCGCCGCGCCGGACCCGAGUUUCUUACAUUUUCUGGCAUUGGCCCUUCAGCCAUUAGAACCAUGAGCAACUACAGCGUGUCCUUGGUUGGCCCAGCUCCUUGGGGUUUCCGACUGCAAGGUGGCAAGGAUUUCAACAUGCCUCUGACAAUCUCUAGUCUAAAAGAUGGUGGCAAGGCAUCCCAGGCCAAUGUGAGAAUAGGUGAUGUGGUUCUCAGCAUCGAUGGAAUAAGUGCACAUGGAAUGACUCAUCUUGAAGCCCAGAACAAGAUUAAGGGUUGUACAGGCUCUUUGAAUAUGACUCUGCAGAGAGCAUCUGCCACAGUCAAGCCUGAGCCAGUUCCUGUUCAAAAGGGAGAACCUAAAGAAGUAGUUAAACCUGUGCCUAUUACAUCUCCUGCUGUAUCCAAAGUCACUUCCACAACCAACAUGGCCUACAAUAAGGCACCACGACCCUUUGGUUCUGUGUCUUCACCAAAAGUCACAUCCAUCCCAUCACCAUCGUCUGCCUUCACCCCAGCCCAUGCAACCACUUCAUCACAUGCUUCCCCUCCACCUGUGGCUGCUGUCACUCCUCCCCCAUUCGCUGCAUCUGGACUGCAUGUUAAUGCCAAUCUUAGUGCUGACCAGUGUUCCUCUACCCUGAGCACUGGUAAAACUGCAGUAAAUGUCCCACGGCAGCCCACAGUCACCAGCGUGUGUUCCGAGACUGCUCAGGAGCUAGCAGAGGGACAGAGAAGAGGAUCCCAGGGUGACAGUAAACAGCAAAAUGGGAAAAUCCCCCCUAAACGUCCACCAAGAAAACACAUUGUGGAGCGCAAUACAGAGUUUUAUCACAUACCCACUCACAGUGAUGCCAGCAAGAAGAGAUUGAUUGAGGAUACUGAAGACUGGCGCCCAAGAACUGGAACAACUCAGUCCCGCUCCUUCCGCAUCCUCGCCCAGAUCACUGGGACUGAACACCUGAAAGAAUCUGAAGCUGAUAAUACAAAGAAGGCAAAUCACACGCAGGAGCCUUCUCCACAGUUGGCUCCGUCAGCAGCUUCAGCUCGGAGCACAGAGGAGAGCCUGGAGAGCCCAGCCCCUAGCAGACCGGGCGUGGCCAGCCUCACCACUGCUGCUGCCUUCAAGCCUGUGGCCUCCACUGGUGUUAUCAAGUCACCAAGCUGGCAACGCCCAAGCCAAGCAGCACCUUCCACUGGAAGAAUCUCAAACAGUGCAGCUUCGUCAGCAGCAGUGUCACCGGCCAGCUCAGCUGUGGGGCAGCCCCAGCCAGGAGACCAGGAUACUUUAGUGCAGAGAGCUGAGCACAUCCCCGCAGGGAAGCGGACCCCAAUGUGUGCCCACUGUAACCAGGUCAUCAGGGGCCCAUUCCUGGUGGCACUGGGGAAAUCUUGGCAUCCAGAAGAAUUUAACUGCGCUCACUGCAAAAAUACAAUGGCCUACAUUGGAUUUGUAGAAGAGAAGGGGGCCCUGUACUGUGAGCUGUGCUAUGAGAAAUUCUUUGCUCCUGAGUGCGUUCGAUGCCAAAGGAAGAUCCUUGGAGAAGUCAUUAAUGCCUUGAAACAAACUUGGCAUGUUUCCUGUUUUGUAUGUGUGGCCUGUGGAAAGCCCAUUCGUAAUAAUGUUUUCCACUUGGAGGAUGGUGAACCCUACUGUGAGACCGAUUAUUAUGCCCUCUUUGGUACCAUCUGCCAUGGAUGCGAAUUUCCCAUAGAGGCUGGCGACAUGUUCCUGGAAGCUCUGGGCUAUACCUGGCAUGACACUUGCUUUGUAUGCUCAGUGUGUUGUGAAAGUUUGGAAGGUCAGACAUUUUUCUCCAAGAAGGACAAGCCACUUUGCAAGAAACAUGCUCAUUCCGUGAAUUUUUAAGUCUACAGUUCAGAGGGAGAAAUUUGAAGAGAAAGAAGAGAAUUAAAGUUACCAAUUACUUUUAAAUUUAAUAUUUAUAUGGAGUUUUGAAAAAAUAAUAGUGGCCCUGAAGGAAUAAAUUCCAGCUCUAAAAACUAAGUCUGUGAGGAAAUAUUUGGCUUCAUAAAGAAAAGAGACAGUUUGGCAUUUAAUACUACUUUUUCCUGUAUUUUCUGCC